AGAGCCAACGGGGGACGCACACGCUUCCACUCGGCACACAUGGCUGCGAAUUUAUGGCGAAUGUUUUCCACGUCCAUCUGGAUAAUAACACUAGUUUCAAGUUCGAGGACGAGGAUUUAUCCGCCCAACGAAGUGACACUGCUGGAUACCAGGACAGUGCCAGGAGAGCUGAAAUGGGCAGCCAGUCCUUCAGAGGGAGGGUGGGAAGAAGUGAGCAUUAUGGACGAGAAGAACAUCCCCAUCAGAACGUACCAGGUGUGUAACGUCCUAGAACCCAAUCAAAACAACUGGCUGAGGACGGACUGGAUCCCUCGGUCCGGCGCCCAGCGAGUCUACGUGGAAGUCAAGUUCACCCUGAGAGACUGUAACAGCCUGCCAGGGGUCACCGGCACCUGCAAGGAGACAUUCAACCUGUACUACCAUGAGUCAAAUGAAGACAGAGAGAGCUACAUCAAAGAGAGCAGCUUCAUUAAGGUGGACACAGUGGCAGCAGAUGAGAGCUUCACCCAGGUGGACGUAGGAGACCGCAUCAUGAAGUUAAACACCGAAGUGCGAGAUGUAAAGGUCACGACCCGGAAGGGCUUCUACCUGGCCUUUCAGGAUGUUGGCGCCUGCAUCGCUUUGGUUUCCGUCAGGGUUUUCUACAAAACCUGCCCGCUCACCAUUCGUAACCUGGCCACUUUUCCCGACACCGUUACCGGGGCUGACACUUCCUCCUUAGUGGAGGUCAGGGGGUCCUGUGUGAACCAAUCAGAAGAAAGAGAGGAGCCUAAAAUGUACUGCGGCGCUGAUGGAGAGUGGUUGGUCCCUAUUGGUGGAUGUCUGUGUAACCCCGGGUAUGAAGAGAAGGGCGGCGCCUGUAAAGCCUGUUCCGCUGGUUUCUAUAAGGCCAGGUCUUCAGAUGCCAGCUGCUCUAAGUGUCCUCCACACAGCCACUCGGUCAGAGACGGAGCGACCGUCUGCGACUGUCACUCUGGAUUCUUCCGAGCUGAUAGCGACCCUCCCUCCAUGGCCUGUACCCAGCCGCCAUCGGCCCCGCAGCAGCUCAUCUCUGUGGUGAACGAGACCUCGGUGGUCUUGGAGUGGGCCCCCCCUCGCCGGUUGGGAGGCAGAAGUGACACCAGCUACAGUCUGGAGUGUCUCAUCUGUCAAAGCGGGGGUCACAGUCAAACGCUCUGCCUGCCCUGUGGCUCGGACGUGCUCUUCUCUCCCGGCCAGACCGGCCUGAAGGCCACCAGGGUGGUGGUGAGCGAGCUCCGGGCCCACACGCACUACACCUUCAUCGUCCACGCAAGGAACGGGGUCUCCCAGGCCAGCGGUACAGGGGCAGCGCCGAGCGUGUCCGUCAGCGUCACGACCAACCAAGCGGCUCCCUCUCCAGUGUCGUCAAUCCUCGCCAUCGAUGUCACCAGACACAGUUUGUCGUUGUCGUGGCAACAGCCGGAUCGACCCAACGGGGUCAUCCUGGAAUACGAGGUCAAGUUCUAUGAAAAGGAUCAGAGGGAGAGGUCCUACCGCAUAAUGAGGACCUUCUCUCGGAGCGUCGAUGUCACGGGUCUCAACCCCCUCACCGUGUACGUGUUCCAUGUGCGCGCUCGCACGGCGGCCGGAUACGGAGAGUUCAGCGCUCCGUUUGAGUUCUCCACCAAUUCAGACCCCUUCCCUCUGAUCGGAGAGGGAGUUAACUCUGCCUUCCUGCUGCUGUCUAUCAGCGGGGUUGGAAUUUUACUGCUGAUAUCUGCAGCUGUCUUCAUCAUUAGUCGCAGGAGGAGCAAGUACAGCAAAACAAAGCAGGACUCUGAGGAGGAGAAACAUCUAAACCCAGGAGUCAAAAUCUACGUGGACCCGUUCACCUACGAGGACCCCGAUCAGGCCAUCCACGAGUUUGCCAAGGAGAUCGAUGUUAGCAGCAUUCACAUUGAAAAGGUUAUUGGCAUGGGAGAGUUUGGGGAGGUGUGCAGUGGUCGGCUUCGUGCGCAGGGAAAGAGGGAGAUCUACGUGGCUAUCAAGAGUCUGAAGGCGGGAUACUCUGACAAACAGAGACGAGACUUCUUGUCUGAGGCCUCCAUCAUGGGACAGUUCGACCACCCGAACAUCAUCAGGCUGGAGGGCGUCGUCACGAGAUGCAAGCCGCUGAUGAUCAUCACAGAAUACAUGGAAAACGGAUCCCUGGAUGCAUUCCUUCGGAAACACGACGGCCAGUUCACGGUGAUCCAGCUGGUCGGCAUGCUGCGCGGCAUCGCCUCGGGGAUGAAGUACCUGUCAGACAUGAGCUACGUUCACCGAGACCUGGCGGCUCGAAACAUCCUGGUCAACAGCAACCUGGUGUGUAAAGUGUCUGACUUUGGCCUGAGUCGAGUUCUGGAGGACGACCCAGAAGCUGCCUACACUACAAGGGAGGCCACAGGGACUUAUCUCUCCCCUGGAGGAAAGAUUCCCAUCAGAUGGACGGCUCCAGAGGCUAUAACCUACAGAAAGUUCACCACGGCCAGCGAUGUGUGGAGUUACGGCAUCGUCAUGUGGGAGGUGGUUUCAUAUGGAGAGAGACCCUACUGGGACAUGAACAACCAGGAUGUGAUCAAAGCGAUAGAGGAGGGCUACCGCCUGCCUGCUCCCAUGGACUGUCCUGUGGUGCUGCACCAGCUCAUGUUGGACUGUUGGGAGAGAGAGCGAGCAGAGAGACCCACCUUCAGCCAGAUACUCAACAUGCUGGAUAAACUCAUUCGCAACCCCGGGACUCUGCGCCGGACAGGAGGGGACAGACCUGCAGGCACGAUGUUGGAGUCGGGGAUGGGUUCGGAGGUGUGUGUGUCGGUCCUACCGGAGGUGUGUGUGCCGGAGUGGUCGGUGUGCGAGUGGCUGCAGUCCAUCGGCUUGGAGAGGUACAGAGACACCCUUGCAGCGGCGGGUUACACCAGCCUUGACAGCCUCCUGGCUCUCACACACCAGGAGAUGGACAGACUUGGAAUAAUCACACCGUCACAUCAGGACAUACUAAUUGCAAGUGUGCAGCAAGAGGUGCUGUCUCAAAUGCAACACAUGCAACACUCGAUGGUUCCGGUCUGA